CAUUCCCCGGCUAUAACCCGAAGUCGCUCGAGUUUCAUCGUUGGUUGUUUCAUUUGUGGGAAGCCAUUACCCUCGUCCGCGCUAAAGCAUCGUGCCAUAUUCCACACGCGCCCGCUAAAGUAACAACAAUUCACGUAGUUAUAAGUGAAAUAUUAUGAGAGUGAAAGUCGAAAUGGACGACGACGAAAAGGGAAAAUUAUUUGUUGGCGGCUUAUCCUGGGAGACAACGCAAGAAAAUUUACAGCGUUACUUCAGCCGUUAUGGCGAAGUUAUUGACUGUGUCGUGAUGAAGAACUCUGAGUCUGGACGAAGCCGCGGAUUCGGCUUUGUUACGUUCAGUGAUCCAGCUAAUGUGGGACUUGUUCUUCAGAACGGACCACAUCAAUUAGACGGUCGCACGAUUGAUCCCAAACCAUGCAAUCCACGCACCCUGCAGAAGCCAAAACGCAGCGGUGGCUUUCCAAAAGUCUUUCUCGGUGGCCUGCCCAGCAACGUAACCGAGACUGACCUUCGACAAUUUUUCGCCCGCUUCGGCAAGGUCAUGGAAGUUGUUAUAAUGUACGACCAGGAGAAAAAGAAAUCCAGAGGAUUUGGAUUUCUCAGCUUCGAAGAUGAAGACGCUGUGGACCGAUGUGUAUCAGAGCAUUUCGUCAAUCUUGCAGGCAAACAGGUUGAGAUAAAGCGUGCUGAACCACGUGACUCGUCCAGCAAGAUGAAUGACAGUCAUCAAGGUCAGUGGGGUCCACCACAGCAGGGUGGACCACCGAUGGGCAUGGCUGGUAAUAUGGGCCCGAUGGGUGGACCAAAUGGUCAGAUGGGUGGACCAAUGAUGGGUGGACCAAUGGGACCACCUGGAAAUAUGAUGCAACAAUACCAGGGAUGGGGUACCAGUCCUCAGACUGGUGGUUAUGCUGGAUACAGCGCUCAAUACAACGCUCAAGGCUGGGGUGCACCACCUGGGCCACCUCAGCAGCAGCAGAUCCCUCCACCACCACCUCAUCAGUGGGGCAAUAACUACAGCGUUCAACCAGCAGCUGCUACUCAGGGAUACGGGAGCUAUGGUGGCUCCAGCUUGUCGAGUGUCAUUGCAAUAGGCAGUAAACCCACAAAACCGUGGGAUAAACCUUACUUCGACGACAUCACUCAGAAAAACAUCACUGCCAUUGUUGGACAAAAAGCUGUACUCAGUUGUCACGUCAAACAUCCGGGUAAUCGAACGAUAUCCUGGAUGAGAAUGCGCGAUAUGCACAUACUCACAUCAUCGACAAUCACAUACACCGGUGACGCAAGAUUUUCAGUGAAACAUCCCGAGGGUAGUGACGAGUGGCGAUUAACGAUAAAUUUUGUUCAGCCAAGGGAUGCGGGUUUAUACGAGUGUCAGGUCAAUACAGAGCCUAAAAUGAAAUUGGCCUUUGAACUGAGGGUCGAAGCGGCACAAGCGAAAAUCGUGGGUCCUGAGGACGUUUACGUUAAGAAGGGUAGUACCAUAAGCCUCACGUGCACAGUUAAUGUGCAGAGCACACCACCAAGCAGUGUCGCCUGGCAUCAUGGGGCAUCUGUCGUCGAUUUUGAUAGUCCCAGUAUGCUUGAUAAUCCCAGCGUUCAUCACAGGGGCGGUGUAUCCCUGGAAACUGAGAAAACCGAGGCUGGAACAACGAGUAAGCUACUAGUGACGCAGGCAAGAUCGAGUGACAGCGGAAAUUACACCUGCAUUCCAAGUAAUGCCAACUCUGCGAGUGUAAUGGUCCACGUGCUGAAUGGAGAACAUCCUGCAGCAAUGCAGCACGGUGGUAGCUGUGGGGUUGCCCCCACAAUUCUCCUCGCAACCCUCACUCUCCUCGUGGCCAAUCUGCUGAGAUGAGCGAGCACUGACAACAUCUAGAGGCCUAAGAAAUUCCUGAAACAACACUCUCCACUACCGACGAAGCCGCGAGUCAAGAUAACGCAGACACUGAUGAAGACGAUCAUCGGGGCAAUCUCAAGAGGAAACACGUACGUUUCUUGAUUAAAGUGUGAGUGAUUUUUUUGGCUGAGUGGGUAUGCGUGAUCGUUACAUAUAUUUUCAAGAACAAUGUUUAUAUGAUAGAAGGAACAUGAUGAUCAAGUGACUGUGGGCUAUCAAUUAAUAAUCAAUUAAUCAUGUUCUUGAUGAGUGAGUGAACGAGAAUGACAUGGGUACGUAGGUUUAAACUCUGUAAAUCAGUAAAUUAUCAGUAGAUUUAAUUAUGUUUAAUUCAGCCACUUCCGGUUAUUACUGUACAGUAAAUUGUAUUUAAAUGGACAGAUGAGGUACUGAAGUGAGUGCGUCAACGCCAUCGUAGUGAGGAAAAUCAAGUGUCAGUAUAUCCCAUAUUUCACAUUAUUCAGAGUUCACUCGAAUCAUCAGCCUCAUUCCUGAAAUAAUUUCGAUACUGAAAAAUUAACAUUAUGGAGGUAGAGGGAAGAUUCUGAAUACCACAAACUGAAACUCACAAGUUUUUUCUGCUUAAUGUGAAAGAGGAUUGGAUAAAGAGGGGCUGGAGAACUAAAACAAUACAUUUGAGCCAGUAUAACGAGGAGAAAAAGCACAAGGGAAUAAAAGUAUUACUGUGAGAUAAUAAAAAGUUAUCUACGGGGCGUGGAGGUUAUCCACAUCUUCAUUACCACCCCCUUUCUUCUAUCAUUUUUUAUAUUUUUACUUCCAUUUCAUUUGUGUUGCGAAUAAUGCUGACACUGUUUUUUCAUUACCUUGGGGAGGGGGAGGGGGAGGAGCCCCUGCAAGUGAAUUCAUCCAAACAAUCGCAUUUUCAAUGUUUCACCCCCAAAAUAUUUAAUUUCACUGGAUAUUUUCAUCUCCAUUCAACUCGAAAUAAAUGAUAAUUCAAUUUUGGUCGACGAAAGCCAGAAAUUUGAAUUAAAAUCGCUGCUCUGUCUGAGGAGAUUUCCAAAGCGAACAAUCAAAACGAUUUGAUAAUAUUUUCUGCAAUUUUCACGUGGCAUUGACAAGAUCCAAAAUCAUUAUCGAGAUGAGCAGUUGGGAGUAGAGAGUACGUAUAUUAAACCUAAAUAUAUGAAUAUAAAUAAAUUAAAUGAAUAUUUAUUCGUUGUGUAUUGAGGUGAUGUUACGAAUUAUGCCACAAGAAAAUAAUUGACUCAGCAGACUACGACAGAAUGAGGAAUCGUUAAUUCCCUGUGUAAAAUGAAGCAUUCCCUUUGGAAUUAUUUUAAUUAAAGAAUUGACAGAGACAUAGGAAAAAUUGAAUAACAAAAAAUUAUGAAUCAAUUCAAAUUCUAAUUGAAUAUUCAAUAGUUGACUAUGGUAAUGCUACUUUGAUAGCUCAUAAAUCACCAUUAAAUUAAAUAGAAAAAUUUUAAUAUACUAGGCGAAAUACAGGAGGAUAAAUGCAAAUAUCGUAACGAUUAAUUGAAAUACUCGAGGAAAAAUAACGACACAAUUACAAGGUUAUUUUAGGAUGUAUAGAUUUUUUAUAAAAAAAAUAAAAGAGAGAAUCAUUAACGAUGAAAAUAAUGAGAGUAUGCACCUCGACGAGCUGACAUUCAAAGACUGUUGAAUUCUCGACGUUUUAAAAGGAAAAGAAAGCGCUUUGUUUCCAAUAAAAAAAAUAUAUUUAACGAGAAUGAGAGAUUAUUAAAAAAAGAGCGGCGAUUCUAACACUAUGAUAAAGAAAACGAUUUAUAGUAUUAUUUCAUUCCAUAUAGUUUAUACGACAAAUGUAAAUCACGAAAAAAAAUUGAGAGUUGUAAAAUAUAAUGUCACGAAGGCAGUGGAUUGUUCAAAAUAACGUAAAAAAAGUGGAAGGGAAUCCAGCAGUGAGAGGAGAAAACUUAAAAGGAGCUUUCAUAAUUUUAUUUUUUUGCUGAAAAUGUUGUUCGAGCAAUAACGAUCUCCCAUAAAUGUUUAAUCACUGAAAUGAAAUGUAACUAACGUCCCUAUGAUUUUUUAUUACAUCCGAUACUCCACAUAAACAAUACGUCCAUUUUUUUUAUUUCUCCAUACACAGUAACGUAUUUUUUACUGAAAUAUUAUUCCUGAAUUCUAUGAGAACGAAAUACCGGCUUUUAGUGUUUCCUUAAUUAAUUAACUAAAAAUCCCUCGUCUUGAUCUUUCAUUUCGUCAAGGGCAUAUCACUUGGCGCUUUUCCAUCAAUCAAAAGACCUCUAAUAGGACACUUCACGCCGUGACAUCGAGGAGAAUAAUCCGGAAAAUACAGAUGAGACGAGGGAGUAAAUGAGGAGUUUGAGAGAUUGUGGGAGAAAAGGUGCGGAGACUUGAGCGACAAGUUGAGUGGUGUCACGGGAAAUUCUCACCCGUGCCGAGUUUUAUAGAGAGAGAGGGAGAGAGCGAGAGAGAGGAUAAAUAUUAGGAGCUGCAUUGUACAUAAACGUUCAUACCGAUAAAAAAAUGUGUAUCAUGUUGUAGGAAAAAAAUCGGAGAAAAUACAAAAAAAAAAAAGUGGUGCGAGGUGUGAUUGGUGACUAUGCGAGGACGAUAACUGGUAUUAUGAAAAAAAAAUAUCUCUUGACGUGACCCUACUGUUUAAAUAAAUGUAAUGAUUAUGGAAAAAACGGCAAAGAUG